GGAAGUCUAAUACAGAACCCGGAAGCGGCCUGGCAGCUGCUGUCUGCGUUGCAGCACUUGUUGUUUGUCGGUGUCUCUGGUUACCAAGGAAACCAGAGCUUAUAGGUUACAGUAUGGCGGCAGACGAGAAAAUGGAGGUGACGGUGAAAACGCUGGACUCCCAGACCCGGACUUUCACGGUGGAGAAAGAGAUCACGGUGAAAGACUUCAAAGACCAGAUCUCCAGUUCUGUAGGAAUACCCCCAGAAAAGCAGCGGCUCAUUUAUCAGGGCCGAGUAUUACAGGAGGACAAGAAGCUGAAAGAAUACAAUGUAGAUGGGAAGGUGAUCCAUCUCGUGGAACGCGCUCCACCCCAAACCCAGUCUGCUGCGGGGGGUGCAGCUCCUUCAGGUUCUUCCACCGGUGCCAACGGAGCAAGUGGAGCAGGGGCCGGAGGUCCGGAGAGAAAUGGGAACAGCUACGUGAUGGUGGGAACGUUUAACCUGCCGCAUGUGAUGUCAGGACUCGGUGAAGCUGCUAGAGGACCCAGGGUUUCCGCCGUUAGUGGGAGUGAUGGCUCCUCUCUCGAUGUCCAUAUAAACCUAGAUCAGCAACUCCCAGUCCAGAGCGAGCCCCGCGUCCGCCUCGUGCUGGCGCAGCACAUGAUACAGGACCUGCAACGGAUAGUGGAUCGCCUGGAGGGAAAUGGCAGCAGCGAGCAACCUACUGAGCCCAUGGAUACCUCCGCCGCUGAAGGAGAGAGUGGCAGCAGGGAAGCUCCAGCUCAAAGCAUCCCCGGUACCGACGGGCAGCCGGGUGCAGCCGCUCCCAGCCACCCAUCCCCCUCUGAAUACGGCGAUGUCCUCCAGUCUCUCUCGCGAGUGGAAGAACGUCUCGCCCCGUUCAUGCAGCGGUACCGGGAAAUCAUCAGCAAUGCUACCUCCGGCGUCUAUGACAACCAAGAGGACAGGGAACAGUCUCAACGUGUGCUCAAUCUGGUCGGCGAGUCUCUGCGCCUUCUGGGAAACGUUUUGGUUGCUUUGUCCGAUCUCCGCUGUAACCUGUCGUCGGCCUCUCCCCGUCACUUGCAUGUGGUACGGCCCAUGUCGCAUUACGCAGGGCCAAUGCUGCUGCAGCAGGCAGCCAUACCAAUACAGAUUAACGUUGGGACGACGGUGACGAUGACCGGAAACGGAGCCCACACCGGACAAGCCUCUCCCGAAGGGACCCCAGCCUCGACCGUUCCUCCCGGUGCACCUGACCAGCAAAGAGGGGCGCCAGAGAGUCAGUCGGCCCCCACUGGGGAACCAACUCCGUCCCAAGCCCCACCACCUUCUGCUCCUCCACCGCACCCCCGCGUUAUCCGUAUCACUCACCAGACCGUGGAACCCGUCAUGAUGAUGCACAUGAACAUCCAAGAUUCGGGAUCUGGUGGUCCUACGAACGUCCCUCCUCCCCCUGCAGGGCACGGAGGUGGUCCGCACAUUCACAUGCCUGGUCUGCCCCCCGAGUUCAUGCAGGCGAUUUCACACCAGAUUACCCAGCAAGCCUUGGCCGCGGCGUCAGGGCAGCAAAUUCCCGGCUUCCAGGCUCAGACCCCUCGCUUUGUGUUCACAAGGCCUGUUACCCCCCUUCAGCCACCCCGUCCCGGGGCAAACGUACCCGGGCCAGGAGCUGGGGCAGCAGCUGGACCCGCUUCCGGCCCGACGGCUGCGCCAGUAGCCGAUGCCUCCUUGGCCCAGAUGAUCAGCGGACUCGUCGGUCAGCUUCUCAUGCAUCCGGUCAUCGUCGCCCAGGGCGGCAGCACAACUUCCACAUCGUCAACUUCAUCUUCCGCUUCUACGUCCUCCUCCACCUUCACCACCCAAACCACCACCACCAGCAGCUCCUCUUCCUUCCCCAGCCCUCCCUCUGCUCCAUCCGGCCCCGCUCCACAGCCGGCCCCUGGGCCCGAACAACAGCUCUCCCAGCUCCUUGGCUCCCUGCUGGGCACGGCAAGCUCCGGGAUGGCAAACAUUGCCAUGGGUUCCCCGAGUAUCACCGUGGCUGUGCCAGGGAUGCCAGCGUUUCUACAGGGAGUCACCGACAUGCUGCAGGCUUCCCAGCCGAUUCCUGUAUCCACUUCGGUUCCGCAGUCCUUCGCUCAGCCCCCUCCGUCGGCUCCGUCGCCCCCUGCGGCUCCCGCCGCCCCACCUCAAGGUGCCGCCGCAGACUCCCUGCCCCCUGAGUUCUUCACCAGCGUGGUCCAGGGUGUCCUCUCCUCCAUGCUCGGGUCCCUGAGCGCAGCCGAUCAGAGCGGGACGGAGAGUAUUGCGGCUUUCAUCCAACGGCUCAGCGGCUCCCAUAAUAUCUUCCAGCCCGAUGCCGAGGGACCCGGGGGGUUCUUCGGGGACCUCUUGUCUCUGAUCUGUCACCACUUCUCCCUGGUGGACAUGGUAAUGUUACUGCAUGGACAGUCGCAGCCCCUGCAGAAUCUGCAGCCCCAGCUCCGUUCCUUCUUCCUCCAGCAAUACCUGCAUCAGGCAGACCCCACUCCGCAGAAUAUCCAGAUGGCGUCUCGUAAUCUCAUUAAUGGACUAGAGGAAUAUAUACGGGAGAGCUUUGCUUCGGUUACUGUCCGUGACGGGGUUGACAUCACCAGGACAAACCUUGAAUUCCUACAAGAGCAGUUCACCCGGAUCACGACGCACAUCCUACAUUGCGCAGACUCCACGUUCGGUCAGCGUCUUCUGGAGAUGUGUAACCAGUCGCUCUUCGAAUGGCUGGCUCUGAAUCUUUACUGCCUGCGAGGAGAUCAGAGCGCGCUAACGUCCGUCAUUAACGAGAGAAUCAGGAGGCUUUCUCUCGACGUCUCUCCUGCGUUGGUCUCAUGGGUGACGUCUGUCCUCUCUCUGCGGCUCCAAGUCCUCCUGGGGCAAAUGCCGGUAACGGAGGCGGAAGUGCUUCGACACGUUCGGAGGGGGUCCGACUCUCAGGGUGCAGAGUCUCCUUCCCAGGAACAGCCCAUGGAGACCACGCCGGCUGACAGCCAGCACACCGGGGCUGCCUCUCCCGUUCCGGCCACUACCGUAGAGGAGGUCAUGUUCUUACCCCCUCCGAGUUCAGCGCCUAUCCUGUGCCCCGAGUCUGACCGUACCCCGCAGGCAGAGGCCGGGGCCGAGCCGUGGGCCGCUGCUGUUCCCCCAGAAUGGGUCCCGGUUAUCAGGCAGGAUUUGCAGAGUCAGAGGAAGAUCAAACAGCAGCCCCCCUUGAGUGAUGCCUACCUAAGCGGUAUGCCUGCCAAGCGCCGCAAGACGAUGCAGGGCGAAGGUCCUCACCUCUCCCUCUCGGAAGCCGUAAACCGGGCGAUGAGGACAACGGGAGCCAAGCCAGAAAGCAGCGCAGAAAGUCUAAGAAGGGAACUUGAUAACGGAGAAGCACAAGGAAGGUACAGAGAGCAGCUCUGCGAAGACAUCCAGAGAGUUCUUCAGGAUAACGAGUCGUACAGCCCUCAGCGAUUCCCCAACACGCAGCGGGUGUUCAGGGGAGACCCCUAAGCACAGACCGGCCCUAAACAUAAUAUUGUCUGUCACUGUGGUAGUCAUAUAUAUAUAUAUAUUAUAAUAUAUAUAUGUUCCUAAACAUGGUACCCGCUCCCCCAAUCUAUGGACAUUGCACCCCCGGUCUGAAUGUAUGGUGCAGACCGUGACGGCUGGACAGCUCGUACCCCUCCCCCCCCCCUGCAUUUAGUAUGAAUCCUAAAGCGUGACUGUGUACAGAAAUCCUCAGACAGUAAGAAUGCAGCCCUAAAUUAUACAUCGGACCCCCUCGAAUCACGCUGUGUGUACCCCUCAAUCACGUGCCCGGCGGCGUACGCGGAGAUUUUAUGAAACGUCCCUUUUUCUUCCCGUCGGAUUGUGUCGUGAUGAAGACGCACCUCGUCCCCGCAGCAGCAACGCACACGCAGGUCUCUGUCUGUGAACCCCCCCCAAUAAAAAGUUUUAAAA